AUGCCUCAAUUUUUAGAGAAGGGACAAAAACAGAUGAGCACUAGUGAUGCCAAUAAGAGCAGACUUGUUACAAAGAUAAGAUGGGUAGUUGAGUCAUCCAAUGCCAGAAUCAAAAGGUGGCGAUAUUUGGACCGUACCCUCCCUACAAAUCAGAUCCCUUUCGUUGGAGAUUAUGUCAGAAUUGUAUGCGCCCUGUCAAAUAAGUUCUUCCCACCUCUGAGCAAAAGUCACAGUAUAGAGGAAGACGAGGCAGACGCAGCAAAAAUGCUUUAUCUGUCUAAACAGGUAAAUAAUCUCCAACGAUUGGUUGAAGAUAAUGGUCUAAACAGAAGGCCAACUCAGUGGCAGCCAGUCCCCGAGUGUGGAAUAGAGAACUUCCCCACCCUGAACGAGGAGCAGUUACGGAACUUGACUUGCGGGACCUAUCAACUGAAGCUUUCUCGCAGCUAUAUCCAAGAGCAUAUUGAUGGGGACUGUGACAUUUGGUUCCAUAAGGAUAAUGACAGGCUACUGCGGGUAAAGAUUCAGAGUCGCCACACAUCAUCAAAACAGUACUUGGUCUGUAUUGAGUUCUCUGACUGUUCGGUAGAUGCAUGGUACUGUAGAUGCAGGGCAGGUGCCAGAGUAGUGGGUAUGUGCUCCCAUAUAGCGGCCAUCAUUUGGUACCUGUCAAAAGGAAGACAUGAGGGAGGGAAGUACGGUGUGCGUGAUUGGGGUGAGCAUGUUCUUGAUGCAGCAGACAUUCCACCUCCCGUUGAUGAGUCUGACAGUGAUGCGAGCAGUUGUGACAGUGUACCCGAGGAAUGAACAGUUACUGGUUGUGGUAGUUAAUAUCAUAAUUGUCUUAGCCAUAUUACCAUUGCUCUGUAUAUAUAAGAUGAAACUGUUAAGUUACCGACAGUUCGUAUUUUGAUCUUUUAAUUACUUGUUCUUGUUUGUGUGAGUUUUUGUUGUUGUUGUUGUUUUGAGGAUAUUAAUUAUAUAAUGUUUAGAAUUCCAUUGUAUUGAAAUGCUGUACAUGUAGUAGUGUGAUGAAUUUGAGAGAGAGAGAGAGAGAGAGAGAGAGAGAGAGAGGUGAGAGGCAAUGAACUGAAUCCAAUGAUAAAUAUAAAGUACUGUAUUUUUUGUCUAGAUGUAUAUAUUUAUUAUUAAUUGAAAUUGUUCCUGCUCUCUUUUUCAUUAGAUUUAAGAGUUUUAAAUUUUUAUCAAGUACAUAACUUUUAAAUACAUAACUUAUUUACUUAGAAUUACAUUUAUCUGACUGUUUUACUACUCAUAUGUCUUUUCUUUAGAAAAAUUAUUCUUGAUAUAUUUAUUAAUUGAAUCGAAAAUAUUUAUCUUAUGAUAAUUGGAUUUAGAUUUGUUUUCUUGUGUAUUUCAUUUUUUUUAAAAUUGUAAUUAACUUAUAUAAUGAUAAUAAUGGGUGUAUAUGCUGUACAAGAAUCUGUAAAUAAUCGUCAU